AUGGCGAUGCCCGUCCAGGCCGCGCUGGCCCUCACAGGACGCCAAUCCAAAGUAGUAGGCGCUCUCCUCGCCCUCCACGCAGGCGACUCCCUCGGCGCCAGCGUCGAGUUCGAAUCCCACGCCCAAAUACGCACCCGCUACCCCCACGGCCUUCGCGACAUCAUCGGCGGCGGGCCCUUCUCCUGGCCCGCCGGCCACGCCACCGACGACACAGACAUGACGCGCGGCGUGGUGCUCGCAUACCGCGCCGCCCGCGGCAGGCCGGGCCAGGACGUCGCCGUGCUGGCGGGAAACAACUUCCUAGACUGGUACACGGGCAACUGGCCAGGCAGGAAGCCCGGCUCGCGGCCGGCGGACAUGGGAGCCGCGACCAUGGCAGGGCUGGACAGGUUCUCCUCGACGCGGGAUCCCGACCGCAGCGGCGCGGGGAGGGGGAGCGCCGGCAACGGCAGUCUGAUGCGGUGCUUGCCCACGGGGCUGUUCCAGCGCGACCCGGAUAGGCUGGUGAGGGAGAGCGUGCGGAUCAGCAGCAUCACGCACGACGACGAGAGGUGCACGCUCUCGUGCGCCGUGUACAAUCGCAUCGUGGCGGCGCUGAUACGGGGCACGGCGCCGGGGAGCGCCGUCGAGGCCGGGCUAGUUCUGGCGGAGAGGCUGCAGGGCGGGCACGGGCUCGUCUCGCAGGCCGUCGAGCUGGGCAGGAGGCUGAGCGUCGAGCGGAUGGCGAGGCAUGGCCCUGACGCGGCGGAGAUGAAGGGCUGCUGUAGCGGGUAUGUGCUGGAGACGUUGGCGGUGGCGGUUGCCGCUGUUUUGGACAAGAGGAGCUUGGAGGACGUGCUGGUUGAUGUGGUGAGGAUCGGGAGGGAUACUGACACGAAUGCUGCGGUGGCCGGCGGCUUGUUGGGAGCCAGGGAUGGCGUUGAGGCUAUUCCGGCGAGGUGGAGGGACUUGUUGCAGUUUGGGGAGGAGUUUGCGAGGAUCGGGGUUGAGUUAACGCCGGCGUGGGAAGCUGUUGAUUCUGCUCAUUAA